CUAAAUGGCUGGAUCUACUGUGGCUGGUAUUGAUCGAUGUAAUAGCUAGAACUUUUGACCUAAGAAAAAACCAAAUAAUUGUUUGAGUUUAGUCUGUGUGCAUGAUCGGUCUGUAUCUGGCACUGGGAGUACGUGCAUGAGCAAAAGGUUGAGGAGACUAAAUGGAAGGGAAUCCAAAGCAGAAGUUGCUUCUUGGAAGAGAGAAAGCAUCAGAAGAAGAGGAAGAAUCUUUGGCUAAGAGGGUAUGGAAAGAGAGCAAGGUUAUGUGGAUAGUGGCAGCACCAGGCAUAUUCACAAGGUUCACCACCUUUGGUAUCAGUGUCAUAAGCCAAGCAUUUGUUGGCCAUAUUGGCUCAACGCAACUCGCUGCUUUUGCUCUUGUAUUCACUGUCCUCAUACGCUUUGCCAAUGGUAUUCUGUUAGGAAUGGCAAGUGCAUUGACAACACUUUGUGGACAAGCAUACGGUGCAAAAGAAUAUGACAUGAUGGGAGUGUAUCUUCAAAGAUCAUGGAUAGUUUUAUUCUUAACUGCACUAUGUCUUCUCCCCUUGUUGAUCUUUACAACCCCAAUCAUGGUAAUCUUAGGCCAAGAAAAAAGUAUAGCAGAAGCGGCAGGAACAAUUUCCCUUUGGUCAAUCCCAAUCUUAUUUGCUUACAUUGUCUCAUUCAAUUGUCAGACAUUCUUGCAAUCUCAAAACAAGAAUGUUAUUAUUUCAUUCUUGGCAGCUUUCUCAAUAAUUAUUCAUUUAUUCCUCUCUUGGCUAUUGACAAUAAAAUUCAAGCUUGGGAUUCCUGGGGCAAUGACUUCAACAAUUUUAGCAUACUGGAUUCCCAACAUUGGUCAACUAAUAUUUAUUACAUGUGGUUGGUGCCCAAAAACAUGGCAUGGCUUCUCAUUUUUAGCAUUCAAGGAUCUUUGGCCUUUGGUGAAGCUUUCCCUUUCAUCUGGUGUCAUGUUAUGUCUUGAGCUUUGGUACAACACGAUAUUAGUUCUUUUGACUGGCAACAUGAAAAAUGCAGAGGUUGAAAUUGAUGCUCUAUCUAUAUGUCUUAACAUCAACGGAUGGGAAAUGAUGAUAUCAUUUGGUUUUAUGGCCGCAUCUAGUGUUCGAGUGGCAAAUGAACUUGGAAGAGGAAGCUCAAAAGCCGCAAAGUUCUCUAUAGUUGUGACAGUAGUUACAUCCUUUACAAUUGGAUUCGUCUUAUUUCUAUUUUUCUUAUUUUUUAGAGAAAGAGUUGCCUAUGUGUUUACUUCAAAUGAAGACGUGGUCAUUGCUGUUGGGGAUUUGUCACCUUUAUUAGCAAUUUCUUUGUUAUUAAAUAGUGUUCAACCUGUACUCUCAGGGGUUGCUGUUGGAGCAGGGUGGCAAAGCAUUGUAGCAUAUGUGAAUAUAGGGUGUUAUUACAUCAUAGGUAUUCCAAUUGGAAUGGUACUUGGUAACAUUUUUAACUGGAAAGUCAAGGGUAUUUGGAUUGGAAUGUUGCUUGGGACACUAAUUCAGACGAUAAUCCUCAUUAUAAUAACCUGCAAAACUAAUUGGGAUGAGCAGGUAAUUAUAGCUCGUAAUCGUAUUAAUAAGUGGUCCAAGGUGGAUCUUGAUCAUGAAACAAUUACAUCAAAUAAUUAGUUUCAGACUCCUAUCUAUAUCUUGUCAUUAUUUGUAUUCCGCCACAAGAGAUUGCUUGAUAGUUAUUUUAUGGUCAUUUAUUUGUUAAUCUUUAUUGGAGAA